AUGGACGGAAAAACAGUCAUUGAUAUUGAUGAUAUCCUAUCAAAAUUGAUAGAUCCAAAGCAAAGUAGAGCAGCUAAAAGUUAGGUUUUGGCUGAAAGCGAAAUUAGGGCUGUUUGCAUGAAGUCAAGAGAAAUCUUUUUGCAAUAGCCAAUGCUUUUAGAGUUAGAAGCUCCCAUUAAAAUUUGUGGUGAUGUUCAUGGCCAAUUCCCUGAUUUACUUAGAAUUUUCGAAUACGGAGGAUUCCCUCCUGAUGCCAAUUAUCUCUUUUUAGGAGAUUACGUUGAUAGAGGCAAAUAAUCACUAGAAACAAUUUGUUUGCUCUUAGCUUAUAAAAUCAAAUUUCCUGAGAAUUUCUUCUUGCUUCGUGGUAACCACGAAUGCUCCUCCAUUAAUCGUAUAUAUGGUUUCUAUGAUGAAUGUAAAAGAAGAUAUAAUAUAAAGCUCUGGAAAAUUUUUACUGACUGCUUUAAUUGCCUUCCAGUCUGUGCAGUGAUAGAUGAAAAAAUUAUUUGUAUGCACGGAGGUCUUUCACCUUCUCCUGAAUUUAAUAAUAUAGAAUCUAUUCAUCGUAUAACACGUCCAAUUGAAGUUCCUGACUAAGGUUUAUUAUGCGAUCUAUUGUGGAGUGACCCUGAAAAAGAUAUUCUUGGUUGGGGUGAUAAUGAAAGAGGUGUUAGUUAUAUAUUUGGACCAGAUGAGGUCUCGAAAUUCCUAAAGAAAUAAGAUUUAGAUUUAAUAUGUAGAGCACAUUAGGUAGUCGAAGAUGGAUAUGAGUUCUUCGCAAAAAGAUAGUUAGUCACAAUCUUUUCAGCUCCUAAUUAUUGUGGUGAAUUUGAUAAUUGCGGUGCUUUAAUGUCUGUAGAUGAGACUUUAAUGUGUAGCUUCUAAAUAUUAAAACCUGCAGAUAAAAAAUCUUAAACUUAACGUCCUAAAACUCCAAAGUUUGUCAAUUGA